AUGGCCCUGGAUGGCGAUAAAUCUGACGAGACCCAAUUUGUAUGGAGCGAAAUUAAGAAAACUGCUCAUUUUGAUAUUGCUCAGCUCUGUCUUAAAUAUCUCUCUCAGCCAGCUGUACAAGACUAUAUCAGCAAGACUUUUCAAGUCACGGACGAAGAAUCUUACGAGUCGCCUACGUUUGCAGAUCGAGGAAAUUUAUGCUCUUACGCUCUUCAGGCUUGGACGCAUCAUUUCGUGCUUAGCUCUCCUAAACCUGAUCUGUCAAAACUUCUUUCUCAGUCCGCAUCUGCCGAUUUAGCGAGCAGCUGGGCAAGGGGUUACUGGGCGCUUUCAAAUCCAAUUACCAGGAGCACUACCUGUUUAGAUACACUGUUUCCCAUUUUCGCAGGCCUUGGUUUAAUUGACGUGAUUAAAGCACGAGAUGAGGCAGACACCCGCCGAGGCAUACUUGAGGCCGCCUCAAAAGGCCAGUCAGAGACUGUUCUUACGCUCAUUAAAGGACUUGAUAUGUCGGAAUCAGCCCUCAUGGAUGUCAUUAAAGCCGCUGGAGCUUACGGAGAUGAGAAAACGAUGUUGGAUAUGCUUGAUCGCAUCAUUUCAACUAACCCAAGCCCUGAUACUACUGCUUGGCCUCCCUUGUUCCUUCACAGAGCAGCAUGGCUUGGCCUUGAUCGAUUCGCCGAUCGCAUACUCGAUUUAGGGUAUCCUCCUGACAUCGAAGCUGACUGGACAUCUAUCACUAAGGCCACGCCACUCUCUCAAGCAGCUCGCAAUUUCCAUGCAGGCAUUGUUCGUACCCUUAUCAAGCACAAUGCGGAUAUAACUUCUCGCCAUCUUUAUGAUAGAACUGCCAUCCAUCAUGUGGCUGGGCAAGGUCAUGCUGAGAUCGCCAAAAUCCUAGUCGAAGAAGGGAAGAUCGAUAUGGAAAUCAAAGACGAAGAUGGCUUUACGACUCUCUACUUUGGAUGCUUAUGGGGACAUCAUCACGUCGUUGAAGUGUUGCUGGAGCUGGGAGCAGACCCAAACAUGGGUAUCAAACCCGAUGAUCCACCACAAAAGUGGUCGCCUCUCAUAGUUGCUGUUGACGACGGGUAUGAAAAAUCCGUGAAGCUUCUUCUUGAUAAGAAAGCCAACCCAAAUAUUCCCGGCCCUUCCCAAUGGGGCACAGCUCUGCGAUAUGCAGCUGUGAAGGGCCAUCUAAACAUCUGUCAAAUGCUGGUUGACAGUGGUGCAGAUCCUAACAGCACACUGAUCCAGCCUCCAAUUCUCACACAGAUAAUUACUGAUUACGAAGCCAGUGAGAACCAAAUGGAAAUUUUCGAUUUCCUUAUUUCACACAAUGCCGACGUUAACGCAAAGGAUGCUGCUGGGACGCCUGUACUAAUCCAUGCCUGCAGAAGCAACCAGAGAAUGGAUUUUGUCCAACGGCUCCUUGAUCACGGUGCAGAUGUCAACAUUCUGAAUUCAGAUAAUGAGUCAACGUUAUAC